UGCGAACACAGGAUCUGAGCAGUGGACACACCAGCACUGCACCUCCGAGCCGGCAUGGACCCUGAAGGUCUGGCGCUGCUGCUGCCCCCUGCCACUCUGGCCGCCCUGGCAGAGAGCUGGCUCCGAGAGGACUGCCCCGGUCCCAACCAUGCAGCCUUGGUCACGGGCGCAGCCCCCUCGCAGGCGGUGCUGUGGGCCAAGUCCCCCGGGGUACUGGCUGGGAGGCCCUUCUUCGAUGCCAUCUUUGCCAAAGUCAACUGCCAGGUCUCCUGGUUCCUCCCCGAGGGCGCAAAGCUGGUGCCUGUGGCCAGGGUGGCCGAGGUCCGGGGCCCCGCGCACUGCCUGCUGCUGGGGGAGCGGGUGGCCCUGAACACACUGGCCCGCUGCAGUGGGGUGGCCAGCGCCGCCGCCGCCGCCGUGGAGGCCGCCCGGGAGGCGGGCUGGGCCGGGCACGUGGCGGGCACGAGGAAGACCACGCCCGGCUUCCGGCUGGCGGAGAAGUACGGGCUCCUGGUGGGCGGGGCCGCCGCUCACCGCUACGACCUGGGAGGACUGGUGAUGGUGAAGGACAACCACGUGGUGGCGGCGGGCAGCGUGGAAAAGGCGGUGCGAGGGGCGCGGCAGGUGGCUGACUUUGCCCUGAAGGUGGAGGUGGAGUGCGGCAGUCUGCAGGAGGCUGUGGAGGCCGCUGAGGCGGGAGCGGACCUCGUCCUACUGGACAACUUCAAGCCUGAGGAACUACACCCCACGGCUGCAGCGCUGAAGGCCCGCUUCCCGGGUGUGGGCGUGGAGGCCAGCGGGGGCAUCACGUUGGCCAACCUCCCUCAGUUCUGUGGGCCCCACAUCGAUGUCAUCUCUCUGGGGAUGCUGACCCAGGCCGCCCCCGCCCUUGAUUUCUCCCUCAAGCUGUUUGCUGAAGGGACCGCGCCAGUGUACUGGGCCUACAGGUCCUAAACUCAAAGAGGAUGCCACCGCCCAUGGAAUAACACGGUUUCUUGGGACCCUCGAGGUUGCCCCUGUUUAAAUAUAGUACAUGACUCUCUCCGGGUUAGCCUGGGCGGGAGUCUGGCUCGGCCGCCUACUGCUCGUGUGAGCUGGGGGGGCUGACUUCACCCUUGCUCAUCUGUACAAUGGGUCUAAUAAAUGAUCACCUUACAGAUUUCUUUGGGUGAUAAUGAAUAAGUGCUCAGUAACUCUUAGAAAUUACCAUAGCUCAUCGACUCUAAGAUGCACCUUUUUCCACACACAACCUUCUCUGAGUCAAAGUGUGUCUUUCACCAUGGAGUCUAGUGGUCACUGUCACAGGGCUGUCGGUCAUAGCCGUCAUGGCCCGUGCAUGCAGCUUGUAGACAGAACAUAACAAUCGAUGUGGAAGUAAGUCCGCGAGACUUAUUUUAACAGAUGCCGGAAAGAAAUUGAAAGUGAUAAAAAAAAAAAAAAGCUGCUCUCCCUCUAACCCUCCCCC